AUGAAGGUUUCUCAGAGUCGUCAGAAGAGUUACCAUGACAAGAGAAGGAAAGUGCUUGAGUUUAAGGUAGAUGAUCAUGUGUUUUUAAGAGUUACUCCGGUAACAGGUGUUGGUAGAGCAUUGAAGUCGUGUAAGUUGACAUCGCGUUUUAUUGGUCCUUAUCAGAUUUCCGAGAAAGUAGGUGAUAUAGAUUAUCGGAUUACGUUGCCGCCGUCACUUGUUAAUCUCCGUGAUUUUUUUCACGUGUCUCAAUUGAGGAAAUACAUUGCGGAUCCUUCGCAUAUUGUCCAAUUAGAUGAUGUUGAGGUUAGAGAUAAUUUGACCGUGGAGACAUUACCUAUGCGGAUACAAGAUAGAGAGGUGAAACAACUUUGUGGUAAAGAGAUCGCUACAGUGAAAGUUGUUUGGGUAGGACAUACUGGUGGGAAUGUGACGUGGGAGCUUGAGAGUUAG